UGUACAUAUUAGAGAUGCGCGGUUGGCGGUUGCAACCGCGGACUCCGCGGUUAAACCGCGGAUCGGGCGGGUGAUGUGACAAAAAAUAAUAUUUUAAUUAAAUUCGGGCGGUUGGCGGUUUAACCAACGAAAUUCAAAAAUAUAUACACAUUGUUAAAUGUCGUUACCUACUUCCAAGCACAUUUUGAAAUAAUCCAAUUCUCAUCAGGCAGUAAAUUGGCCUCUGCCUCUGUCUCUAUCACACACACACACACACACACACACACACACACACACACACUAACGGAAGCAAAAAAGUUUAAAUUAAGUGACGAUCCGUCCCAUGUCGCGUCUCCACAGACCUGCAAGUUAUGAGACAGCUGUCAGUAUUGGAAGAAGCUUUAACGUCUCGUAGAUGAAACUGCCUGGGUUAUUUUGUUUCGUAUAAGUUAUAUUUUAAAACAGCCAGUCAUUGUAGCCUACCACUCGUGGAAUAUGGAAUUUCAAAGAGAUGAUGGAGUGAUUUGACUCAGAAGUGACAUCAGGCAUUGGCAGCGCGAGAUGUGCAGAACAAGUUAAACUUCUAGCUCAGUAACAUCAACACCUAAGAAAGAAGGUAAGAAAGAUAGUCGGAAAACUUUGAUUUGCAAGGCAAGCAGGCAAGUGUUGGGCUUGUUACAGUAGCCUAUAUAGCCUUCAAUGCGGUGAAAUUUCGGAAUUAAUAGGCUCGAGUCGGCGUUUCCUUAAAAGGCUAUCUUUCAUUUUGCAAAAAAAAACAACACAGUAGGCUAUAUUACCAUAUUAAAAUGGUGUACCAAAUUGCGUUUUAUUACAAUGAUAAAAAAGUGUAGGCCUACUAGCCUAUGGUAAGGUCAGGUUUGCCGAUGUGCUUGGCUAUUUUAAAGUUUCUCCCUGUGCAUCGAUCGGAGACAGACGUCACUUCACUGAUAAUAUUCUGGGGAUAGGCUACAACAUAGCCAAUAGGCUUUCAUACUAGGGACUUUAUCCUUUAAAUAUCUUUGCGGCAUUGGAUCAGUCUCCUUUCAAGAACAGGCAAGAACUUUCUAGCCUCGCGUCAGCAGCGCAUAUACCUAAAAACAACAGGCGGAUGGCGGGCGGGUGCGGUUUUGUAAACCGCACAAUUUUUUUGAAAAAAGUCAAAAAAAUUGUUGCAGAUGGAUGGCGGGCGGAUCAAGCGUUUUGUGAUGCGGUUGCGGAUGAAAUAAUAGCCCAUCCGCGCAUCUCUAGAGCUUACCUCUCCCGAAAUAAGUGUUUUUUGUGAAUGACAGGGUCGUUAAGACUGACAAAAAGAUCUCUCACUUACACAGCACUACAAGGCUACUCUCUGCGAUACUUUAACUGGAGCUGGACACUAAAAAAAUGGGCAAAAACGUUUUUAUUCCAAUUCUGAGUCUAAGUCCACAAGGAUAUACUCAAAAAACAGUUACAAUGUUUUUAUUCUGCUUCUGAGCCAAGUCCAAAUGGGCUUAGUAAAAAAAACGGCCAAAAACGUUUUUAUUUCCAUUCUGUGCCUAAAUGUGGAUGGACUUAGUCUCAAAAACGGUGAAAAUGUUUUUAUUCUUCUUCUAGGCCCUUGUUUCCAUCCUCCAGAGUGGGCAGGAUGUCCUCAGAAGGUGUCCGAAAAUAGUGCAUGGUCGUCGGACUGACCGUCGGGGAUCGGGAGGCCGUAAUUCUUCCAGAGAUUCAUCUUCACUCACUGUCUCAUCUUAAGAAAUGGCUGGGGAAAAGAAAUCUGCAGCUGCACAUAGACACUAUCUACUCUGUCCAGUUUGUUUGAGGACCCAAGAGUCUCUAUCCUGUCACCUGCGCAGAGUCUGCAUGAAGGAUAAGACACCAUCACAGAUCCUAGAGGUGGUUGAAAAGGCCAAGAAAGAUGUGUGUGACCUCCUGAAGAAUGGACGGGCUUUUAGUUAUGCAGUCCUGAAGCAAAUCGUCUCAUCACCAAAUCCAAUCGAAGGAUUGAUUGAGGAGCUGAAAUACCAUCACUUGUUUGUGACAGGAGUCCCUCCUCCUCUGCCCAUUGGUAAUCCAAGGUUGGUCACCGAAACCCUUUCUGAAUGCCCUGGGGAGGCACCCGGAGAGACAGAGCCAUCUGAUGUGGAAUCUUGCGGCAGCAAUGAGCUUUUUCAAUGUAGACAAGAGAAAACGUAUACCAAAGACAAAAUGGUGAAAGCGAAGGAUUUAGGCAUUUUGAAAAAGCAUUCAGCAGAUCAUCCAUUGCUCAAGCGCUUUGCCGACUACCUAAAGAAUGAUUACGAAAAUGCAAAGUACCAACAGGAGGUUGACACUGUUUCCCGGUACCUGUAUUUUGCUGAUCCUACGGAACCAUCUUUGAAGUUUGUCAAUGACAGAGAGAAGCUCAGAGACUUCCUGGGUCAACAGGCUAAGGCAGGGUAUAAGGCACAAACAUCAGGAAAUUACAUCAAGUGCUUGAAAAGGUUCUUGGAGUUCCACUUGACAAGGACCGGCUUGAGACAGGAUGACAGGGAGCUCUACAAGCAGUGCACGUUAUAUUUGAGUUUUUUAACUUCUUCACAGAGUGUCCUCUCUAAGCAAGCGAGCAAAGAAAUUGUGCAAAAGAGGCAUGCCUUGUUGUUUGACAAAAGUCAACCCACACCUCGUGAAUGCUUGGCUGUUCUUGAUAAAGGUGAAGGUGACUUAGUGAAAAUCAUGAAUCAACUUGAUGACAGUUCUUCUUCCUCCCUGAGUAUGACUGAGUGCAUAUUUGUGCUAUACUAUCUUGAGGCAAUUGUCAUACUAAGACACUGCCAACGGCCAUGUGUGGUGCAGAGCAUGAAGGUCAAGGAAUGGCUUGAACGGAAACACGCAGAUGAUGAUUCAAUCGUUUUUGUAAAGGACCACAAGACGGCUGCACAUUUUGUGGUCUCAAUUGUCCUGUCCAAGAAGGAGGAGGCGUGGUUUGAGAAAUAUUACAACAAAGUGCGGCCACAGCUCCUUGCUGGCGAAAGGAAACGUAAGCGAGAUGAGCAGGAUGAGAAGGAUGGAGAUGAUUUUUUCUUUGUGUCCUCCCGCGGUAAGCCAAUUUACAAUGCAGCUGGUGAUCUGAUAAAGCUCCAGCAAAAGUGCAACGUCCCCCAGGUGAGCAGCCAGGUUGUACGGAGGGUAUUUGAGACAGCAGCUAACCGCCUGGAUGACCCUCAGAAGAAAGCAGUUUCUGACUACCUGGGAUGAGGACUCCAAAAUCGUACCAUGACCCGUUUGGUGAGAUGUUUCAUAUGUUUUUUAGUGGAUCAAUUCUUGGCAUGUAUGGAUAAACUUUCUGAAUAUGAUGCGUGGCCUUUGACCUUUGGGGGGUGGUGGGGCGGCGGGUGACUCCUAAAGCUUACAGGGCAUCUGCCUUCAGAGACACAUAUGACGUGUCCCUGUUUGGUGAAAUGUUUCAUCUGUGUGUUUGUUUGUGCUGAUGGCUCUUUAAAGGAUAGGGAUGAGGACUCCAAAAGCGUGAAAUGACCCAUUUUGGUGAAAUGUUUCAUAUGUGUUUUUUAGUGCUGAUUUUUGUUUUUGUUGUGUAGCUGUUUUGCAACUUGUUCUAGCUUGUGUAACUUAAAUUGAGGUUCUGUGGUGAUAUCCUGUUUCUUAUCUUUAGAGAUAUAUCAAUUAAAAAUCGUAUUCAUUCUAGAGGACUGCUGAGGUUUCUCUCAUUUUGGUAAACUUCAACACACUUGCAGACUUUCUCCAAGAUUGGCUUUUUUUCCAAAGACAGAGAUACACUUUCAAGAUAUUUUAUUAACAUUUGCACUUCACAUUUUGAUUCAUCAUUUCAAUCACACAUUCCCCAAGGUCUGGAAAAGAUAAUAAUUGUGUCUGUAUGUAGCGGUUGCGUACUCUCUCGUUGCGUUGUGAUUGAGACCACGAUGGAACCAUUGGCAGCCAGCCGUUUAUUCUGGUGGAAUAUUUAACAUGGGAAAAUGCUCGUUGAGAACCCUCACAAUGGCAGCCUCUCACAGCCGGGGUAUACAUAGACUAGCCAUUUACAUGGAAAUAAAUAUCACAUUAAACAAAUUAAUAUUUGAAUGGGCGUUUGGUGACAUACCUGGUGGAAUAUUUAACAUGGGAAAAUGCUCGUUGAGAACCCUCACAAUGGCAGCCUAACAUGGGAGAAAGACAAGCUGAAGUAGCCUACACAUUCUUGGCGAAGUCCACGCUAGCUAAGUAGCUACGACCAAAGCACAUGGUAGCCAAGCUAGCGAUCCUAAGCCUAAAGUCCAUUUAAAUGUAAUAACCGAUUCCAAGGAACACAAUAUAUAUAUGUACAAGCAACCAAGUAUUAAUACAGGAUUAUGUACAAUUAGACUCCCGUAAUACAUCGCCAAAGUGUGGAUUCAUAUUUAACUGCUCUGACUACCUACCUCUCACAGCCGGGGUAUACAUAGACUGAGGAGAGGAGGCAGCAACGUACAAUACAACCCCCGCAUUCCGCUAGGGGGAGCUCUAGCACUCCAACCAAGGCUCCCACUACCACAGCCAGCGCAAGGAUCUCGC